GGCGCGAACGCGUCCACACCGACACAUUCGGUCGCGAUGGCGAUGGCGGUGCUCCUCCUGCUCGGUUUGAACGUGUUGGUGGGAGCUCUUGGGUCUCCGCGACAAGCCAUCUCAAGGACGGAACGGCGGGACAUGGACUUAGCUCGCGCAGCUACCUUUCGCCGUUUUAGGAGGGAUGUGGAAGAGAAGAACGGAAACUUGGACCGCGUAGUCUGCGUCCUGCUUGAGCUGGGCUCCCCCUGGUGCGAAAAAGGAAUGAGGGAUACCGCCGCAGCUGCAGCUCUCGAAGACGGAACUGGUAGAGCUGAGGACGAGCCUCGGGAGGGUGCAGCUCUGCCUUGCAGGAGUCCCACUUGCAAGCUGUUUACCAAAAGAAAGAAACAAGAGAAAAGGCGGCCUCCAGAGCAGAGUCCAGACUCCCAGUUUUACAGCGGCUGGUGAUCUCUGGAGUCUUCAAAUCGCCAUCCUAACUUCUAUAGUAUGUGGCGCUAGAUUUAAAAAAGAAAGAAAGAAAAAGAAGGAAGAAACAAAGAAAAAGAACAAGCUGAACGGAAUCAACAGGAAUCACUUACCGUUAUGAUGAUCAGCGCCAAGCGGCUACUGCUAACAAAAUCAACAAUGCGGCUUGCCAUUUUCACACUUGAUCCUUGAGGAAUAAAAGUCAGAGAA